AUGGAAGAAGCUGUUAUGAAGAACUCCAUUAAGAAAUAUAAAAUAAUCUGUAUUGUUCUUCUCGCUUUGUUGGUGAUUGUGUCCCUUGGAUUAGGCCUGGGGCUUGGACUCAGGAAGCCCAAGGAGCAAGGCAGCUGCAGGAAGAAAUGCUUUGAUUCUUCAUAUAGCGGACUAGAGGGCUGCUGGUGUGAUGUGGGUUGCAAAGACCGAGGUGACUGCUGCUGGGAUUUUGAAGACACCUGUGUGGAACCAACUCGAAUAUGGACAUGCAAUAAAUUUCGUUGUGGGGAGUCCAGACUAGAAGCCAGCCUUUGUUCUUGUUCAGAUGACUGUUUGCAGAGGAAAGACUGCUGUACUGACUAUAGGAGUGUUUGUCAAGGAGAAACCCCAUGGGUGGAAGAAGUGUGUGGCGCAGCCCAGCAGUCUCAGUGUCCAGAAGGAUUUGACCUGCCACCAGUUAUUUUGUUUUCCAUGGAUGGAUUUAGAGCUGAAUAUUUACAGACAUGGGGUACUCUAAUGCCUAGUAUUAAUAAACUGAAAACAUGUGGAAUUCAUUCAAAAUACCUGAGACCUGUCUAUCCAACCAAAACCUUCCCAAAUCAUUACACCAUUGUCACGGGAUUAUAUCCAGAAUCACAUGGCAUCAUUGACAAUAAUAUGUAUGAUGUGAACCUUAACAAGAAUUUUUCACUUUCUUCAAAAGAGAAAAAUGACCCAGCUUGGUGGCUGGGGCAACCGAUCUGGCUGACCGCAAUGUAUCAAGGUUUAAAAGCUGGUACCUUCUUUUGGCCAGGAUCAGAUGUUGCUAUAAAUGGCUCCUUUCCUUCAAUAUAUAUGAUGUACAACAGUAACAUCCCGUAUGAAGAGAGAAUUUCUACCCUGUUAAAAUGGCUGGACCUGCCCAAAGCUGAAAGACCCAAUUUGUAUACCAUGUACAUUGAACAGCCUGACUCUGCAGGACAUAAAAGUGGACCAGUCAGUGGUGCAGUAAUUGAAGCCUUACAGUUAGCAGAUAAAACUUUUGGAAUGUUGAUGGAAGGCCUAAAACAGAGGAAUUUAGACAAUUGUGUCAAUAUAAUCCUUUUGGCUGACCAUGGAAUGGACCAGACUUACUGUGACAAGAUGGAAUAUAUGACUGAUUAUUUUCCCCAAAUAAAUUUCUACAUGUAUGAAGGGCCUGCCCCCCGCAUCAGGACUCGUAAUAUACCUCAUGACUUUUAUAGUUUUAAUUCUGAAGAAAUUGUUAGGAACCUCAGUUGCCGGAAACCUGAUCAGCAUUUCAAACCCUAUUUGACUCCUGCUUUGCCAAAACGACUACACUAUGCCAAAAAUGUCAGAAUCGACAAAGUUCAUCUUCUGGUGGACCGACAGUGGCUGGCUGUGAGGAGUAAAGCAUAUUCAUCCUGUGGAGGAGGUAACCAUGGUUAUAACAACGAGUUUAAGAGCAUGGAGGCUGUCUUUUUGGCACAUGGACCCAGUUUUAAAGAGAAGACUGAAAUUGAACCAUUUGAAAAUAUUGAAGUCUAUAAUCUAAUAUGUGAUCUCCUACACAUUCAACCAGCACCAAACAAUGGUACACAUGGCAGCUUAAACCAUCUUCUGAAGGUGCCUUUUUAUGAGCCAUCCCACACAGUGGAAGUGUCAAAGUCUUCUGUUUGUGGCUAUACUGUUCCAUUGCCCCCAGAUGCUCUCGGUUGUUCAUGCCCUGAGCUGCAAGAUAAUGCUUCUGUAGAACGUGUGAAUCAAAAGCUAAAUCUCACUCCAGAUGAAAUAACAGCAACAGAGAAACGAAAUUUGCCAUUUGGGAGGCCCAGAGUAAUGCAGAACAAGGAGCAUUGUCUCCUUUAUCACAGGGACUAUAUCAGUGGAUAUGCAAAGACUAUCAGGAUGCCCCUGUGGAGCUCAUAUACCAUCCCCAAACCGGGAGACACAUCACCUCUUCCUCCCACUGUCCCAGACUGUCUGCGGGCUGAUGUCAGGGUUUCUUCUUCUGAGAGCCAAAAAUGUUCCUUCUAUUUACCAGGCAAGAAUAUCACCCACGGCUUCCUCUAUCCUCCUGCACACAAUAGAACUUCUGAUAGUCAAUAUGAUGCUUUAAUUACAAGUAAUCUGGUCCCUAUGUACGAAGCAUUCAAAUACAUGUGGGAUUAUUUUCACAGUGUUCUUCUUGUAAAACAUGCUAUGGAAAGAAAUGGAGUAAAUGUGGUUAGUGGACCAGUAUUUGAUUAUAAUUAUGAUGGUCAUUUUGAUGCUCCAAAUGAAAUUACAGAAUACGUAGCCAACACCAACGUUCCCAUCCCAACACACUACUUCGUGGUGUUGACUAGUUGUAAAAAUAAGAGCCACACCCCCGAUGCCUGCCCUGGGUGGCUGGAUGUCCUGUCCUUUAUCAUUCCUCACCGACCUACCAACGUGGAGAGCUGCCCUGAAAAUAAACCAGAAGCUGUUUGGAUUGAAGAAAGAUUGAAAGCACACACUGCCCGGGUCCGCGAUGUGGAACUUCUUACUGGGCUUGACCUUUAUCAGGAAAAAGUACAGGCUGUCUCUGAAAUUUUGCAACUAAAGACAUAUUUACCUACAUUUGAAACCAUUAUUUAACUUAAUAUAUAAAACAAUUUUGGCAAGAUAUAAAUGAUUUUUCUGUUGGAGAAUUACAAAAUAAAGUUUUCUAUUUUUCCUUAA